UUAGUAAAUUUAGUUGGAGGUGAAUGUUGCUGACUUAGAAAUGGGUGAUAGUGACGAUGCGAUAUGGCUGGAAAUCGGUAUUAAUCCUCAACAUGUUGUUUGUGAGUCAGAGGAGGGCGUGUACAAGCUGAUAUGCGAUAAGGCCUGGCUGCAGGCCCUUGAACGCCAUCGCAAACUUUCCCCCUUCACACAUUGGCCGCAGCUGGACAGACGUGCGCAUCCCACUGGACCACUGGAGCAUCCCUGGACACGCAUCUUGGUGCAAACAUACCGCAAGCAGCCGCAGCGCAAAGCAUAUCCACUGCCACCAAGAUCAACGAGUGGAGAAGACGCACAGUUACCACUGAGCUACUCCCAGGCAGUUGUCAAUGUGGCCAACAUCAACUUCAAGCAGCUCUGGGAGGCUGCCUACAAGCAAUAUGCGGGUGCCCAUGUUAAGCAGUGUAAAACGAGUGGAGUAGCUCCAUCCAAGCAGCAGACACAGAUUGGAGGAGGUGGAGGAGGCUUGCAACCACAUGAUGUGGUCCUCAGGGAAUUGAUACAGCGCAUCUACAACUGCCCCGUGUUGCACUGGCAACAGGAGGACGAAGGAGGCUCUAGCAGGGACCUGGACUUGUCUGGCGAUUGUCAUGCCAAUGUACUCCCAGCUCUGGUGGCGAUAGAGACAAGCACACACUACUGCGUCUUUCAUUAUCCGCCAGCGUUGGAAUGCAGUCUUUAUGAUUGCAUUACCUACAGUCCGGCACUGCUGGGACGAGGCUACAAUAAGACGCUAUUCAUCAUCUAUCAGCUGCUGCAACUGUCGCGGCAUUUACAGGCACAAGGCCUGUUCCUGGGCGAUCUGCGACUGCAGCAUGUGAUGCUGCGAGAGAAUCUCUGGCUACAAGUGCUGCCACGCCUGCAAUGCAAUCUUCUGCUGGGUGAGCCAAUGGCAACGGUGGACAUGUCGCCACUGAGUUGCCCAGAGCUACCUGAAUCUCCAGAGCAGUUGGCCUCCAGCAGCACCAUCGAUCUCAAGCUGGCCUACGAUCCGGCUCAAUUCAAUUUGCGGGAGUACUGCGAAAUGUGGUGCAACGGUCAGUUGUCCAACUUUGACUAUCUCACCAUACUAAACAACGCUUGCGGACGGCGUCUCAAUGAUGCCGCCCAUCAUCACAUCAUGCCCUGGGUGACGGACUUUGCCGGACGCAACGGCGUCAAUUGGCGAGAUUUGACCAAGAGUAAAUACCGUCUGAACAAAGGCGAUAUUCAUCUGGAUCUCAUGUACACACAUGCCACACAGCAUGCAACUGCUGAGACAGUGACACCUGUGGAACAGGUGCCCCACCAUGUGUCCGAUUUUCUCUCCGAGAUUACGUACUUUGUAUACAUGGCACGACGCACACCACAGUCCAUUUUGUGCGCUCAUGUCCGUCCCAUUUGGGUGCCCGCCGAGUAUCCCGUGUCCAUGCAGCGUCUGCAGGAAUGGACACCCGAUGAAUGCAUACCCGAGUUCUACUCGGAUCCCAUGAUAUUCAAGAGCAUCCACGAGGAUUUACCCGAUCUGGAGCUGCCCUCGUGGGCGACCUGUCCCGAGGAUUUUAUCUGCAAGCAUCGCGAAGCUUUGGAGUCGCAAUACGUGAGUGAGCGACUGCAUCAUUGGAUUGAUUUGAACUUUGGGUACAAAUUAAGCGGCAAGGCGGCCAUUAAAUCUAAAAAUGUCUGCCUCAGCCUGGUGGAUCAACAUUGUAAUCUCAGUCAGCGUGGCAUUGUGCAGUUGUUCACGCAACCGCAUCCGCCACGUCGUUAUGCCUCGCCGUGGUUCAACAAAACGGCACCAAGACUCUCUCAACUCUAUGGGAAUAAUAGUGGAAACAGCAGCUCCAGUUCAGGUUCGAGCAGCAGCAACAGACGCCUGGCGAGGAGCACCGAAAACCUGAAUGUAUCCGCCAAAUCCAACACGGAGAACAGUUCACCACGCAUGUCACUGCGUCCACAUGAUGAGCAGUCAAGUUGCGGUUCCAAUUUCUAUAACAUGACCAACUUUAUAGAGAUGCCAACACAGUAUAAUCCUGCUUUGUUGCUGCAGCAAUUGGAAAUGUUGGAAACCUUCUAUGCACGCACCUUUCCACAGCAACGUGCCUCGGCUAAUCCCGAAGAGAAAAUGAUUAGCAGCGAUUUGUUAUUCGAACAAAAUUCAGCGGAGCAUUCAUUUACCAAUCAAUUGUUUGCCUUUGAUGGGACAAUUGAGACCAAGUCGAAGAAUCUGUUGGUGCCAACAACACGCCGCCAGCAGAGUCUGCAUCAAUUGAUUACCGAGCGACGGGAUCGGGAGUUGCAAGUGCUGGGCUGCCUCAUUGUGGAACUGUUUGCGAUGCAACGUCUGCGUCCGCUCCUCACCAGCAAUGGACCAAGUGCGAGCUUUGAGUGUCGCUUAGGUGCGUGUCGAACAUUGGCACAGUUCCAUGUCCAGGAGCUACCCAAGACGGUGCGUCAUGUGGUGCGUCUGCUGUUGCAACUGGAAAGCAAUAUGCCGGUCCAGGGAUUGCCAGUGCCAACAAAUGCUGCCCAAUUGCUGGAGCCGAUGUUUGCCAAUGCUUUGCUUCCAUUUCCCAGUCAUUAUAUUGCGGUGUAUGCCUUUGUGAGAUCUCUGCACGCCUUCCAGUUGAACUUUGUGCUGCUCGAGCUGCACACGCAUCUCAAUUGCAACGGAGGCAACGAGUGUGCCAGGUACACGGAGUUGGAUCGACAGCGUGUGCUCUUCGAGCGUAAGAUUGCCGAGUGCAAAGUGAUGUCAUGCUGUGCACAUGUCCGGAGAUUGCUGGAACCGGUCGCCUUUGCCUAUGAGCAGUUUCCGCCCGUGGAGUUGUUGCUGCCUCACAUUAUAGAUCUGCUAAGGGAUGAGAGAACUUCCAUACUCACCGCCUGGAAUCUAUUCGAUCCCAUUGCUCAGGCCUUGGGCAUUGUCCAGACCCAACAGCAUCUGCUCCAGCCGCUGCUUAAACUAUACGAUGUGGAGAGCAAUGUUCUGAUGGAUGAUGCCAACACUAUCAGCAGCACCAAUAGCAACAAUAAUGCUGGACACCUGCGCUUCUCCUCGAGCAGCUCCUUCAAGUCCCGGAAAUCCGUGAAGCUUUAUCAUCAUAGCUUCCUCUUGCGUUUGAUUGUGAGAUUUGGAUUGCGUUGUUUCCUCCAGCAUUUCAUUGCCCCUCUUAUUGAGGCUGUUGGUGGCUACAAGGAGCCGGAGCAGGGAAGUGGUUUUCACUAUCACAGCGGUGGCAGUCGCCGCACAAGCAAGAAUCUUAGCUUUGCCACCGAGGAGCCACCACCUCAGUUGCAAGUACAGCCGGAGUCAAAGGCAGACAUUGAGGAGCUCUUCACAUUCGAGGAGGAUCAGGAGAAUAAAUCCAUAGAUUCCUUUGAUAUGCGUCCCUCUUCGACGGCCAUUGCGGAGGAGGCACGUGAAUCCGAUGGCAGUUCUCCGGAUAAAUUGGUCAUCAAUGAGCUGAUGUAUGGCGCCAAAUUGUCGCCGGAUAAGUUAUCCCUGCAGAGUCUAGCAGAGACACCGCCUCCGACAUUGCCCGUACCACCAAUUGGACCACGUUCACCCACCAUUGAGAUCCCUGCUAGUGGCAUACGACGUAGUUUCCAGUUGAGCGCCAUCGACUGUGAUAUUGGUUCCCGCAAGAGCGUCGACAGCUUCGAACUGAUCAGCCAAGUCACAAGUGCCGUGGUUAAUGACUCAACGGAAUCUGCUGCUCAGCCAGAGACGGAGGCGGAGGGUUGUGAUUCACUGCAGGCAUCGGUGAUAUCGCGCAUCUCGGAGGCGAAAGCUCUGCAGAAUAAUCGCAUCAGCGAGAUGAGCGCCGAGAGUCUUGUGUGGUUAUCACAUCGCUUGGGUCCCGUUCUCACAGCCCGCCACAUCACUCGUAAUCUGCUCAAGCUGCUCUCCCUCUGCUAUGUCGGUCAGGAGAAUCUGCUGCCCGAGGUGGAAGCUGGCAACUCCAUUGACCCAUCAACGGAUGCCUCCAAUCUCAAUUACUUCAGCAUCGCCAAUGCUCGUGUCGUCGGCGAUCGGAGUGCUGCUCGGGUUCUCGAGUGUCUCAUGUCUAUAGCGGCACUCUAUGGAGAAAACUUUCUACUGUUGCAGUACUUUCCGCACAUAAGCGAACUGAUUGCCCUAUGUUCGAAGAGGAUGACGGGCAGUCUGGAGGGAGCUAUCAUCAGUUCGUUGCAGCUGGUGAAGUACAUGUUGCCCUGCCUGAUGGAUGCCAGCAUAAUGGAGCAUCUGCAGCACAUACUCUUGGAUGCAAUACUCUUACCCAUACUGCGACUGCUGAGCUCGACGAAUCUAUUGAUGCCAAGUGGUUAUUUGGGUCGAUCUUUGUUGGCAAGGAAAUUCCUCGAUACUUGCUAUGCGCUGAGUGUCCGUCUGGGAUCGGACAUGACGCGGGAGCAUCUCUGCCAGUCCCUGCUGGCGCCAUUCUUUCUGAUCUUCAACAAGGCCUACGGAUUACCCAAUGAUUUCAGCUCAAAUCUGGCAAAUCUCACACUGAUCGGCGGGCCAGGUCAACAGCAGCGUGCGGUGGAGGAGUUGAGGGAUGUCUUUGGACCAGAGUUGGCACAUACCUCCUACUUGGCAUUCCUACGCUUCCUAGGUGAGUCCAUAAUGCAGCGUACGUUGAGCAACUUGGAAUUCGUGCUUACACUGUGCCACGAGCAUGAACAGCCAAAUAUGGGACAGGACAAGACGGAGCGAAGCCAAUCCGCGACUGUCAGCCAAGUUGAUUUGACGGAUGCUGUGGCACCCAACAGUUUUGGCACCCAAAUCGUUGGCAAUCGCUUGCAAGUGGCCAGCAGCAGCAUGGAGCUCCUCGACAUGGUUGCCUACAAGUUGGAUCACAUGCCGAGCACGCGUCAUCUCAAGGGCAACUGGUUGGCCUACUGGCGUCAUGAGACAACACGCAGUGAGAAGGACAACCAAGCAUUGAAUCUCAAGCAAAUCCGUUUGCAAUCCUUUGUGGGACACACGAAUUCGGUGCGUGCCAUUUAUGCGCUGGAGAAUGAGAAUAGUUUUGUGUCCGCCUCCAAGGAUAAGACGGUCAAGUUGUGGUCGCUGCGCAGCGAGGGCGAUGGACGCAAGAGCACCACCUGUCAAUUCACGUAUACGGCGCACAAGAAGUCCAUACAUUCUCUGAGUUUCCUCGAGUCCUUGCGAUAUGUCGUCUCCUGUGAUGCAGGCGUGCAUCUGUGGGAUCCCUUCAUCGGAAGACCGCUGGGCAUCUUGGAUGCUCCCAGGCACAGUGCGGUCACGGUGGUCAAGUGUUUGCCCUCGCAUUCCCCAUUGGUGGUUGCUGGCACCGCCGAGUCAACGGUCCGGAUUAUCGACGCCCGAUCCAUGCAGUAUGUCAAUGAAUGGAGAGUUUGUCAUGCUGCAUUGCCAAAUGCCACAGUUCGUUGCCUGGCGGUGGCACCAUCAGGCAAUUGGCUGGCAGCUGGCUUAUCCUCUGGCGCCAUUGUCCAGCUGGACACACGCACCGGCAUCGUGCUCAACUCCUGGCGCCCCAUGGAAUGCGAUCUGCUGCAAUUGACGGCGCCCAGCGAUCAGAUGCUUAUCAGCUCUGCCCUUGAUCACAGCCUCGCCGUAUGGCAUGCCCUCGAUGGCAUAUUGCACUAUCAGCUCAAGCCUCCUCCGGAACCGGCACACUUUCUGCAAAGCGUUGGCACCUCCCUCAUCUAUGCCACAACUGGGAAUCGCGUGGGCGUCUAUGCCGACGUGGGCAACUCACACGCAUUGAAUACCAUCACCAAACUGCGUCCGGAAACAUUCCGUGGCGUUCUUACCUCUCUUGCAGUCUUGCCUCUCAAUCGGGCCAUUCUAGCCGGCAAUGAAAGUGGAAACAUAGCUCUACUCUGCUAGCCAGGAUUAGUUUAAGAUACAAUAUUAUCAUAUAUAGUACAUAUAUAGAAAGACAGGUUCGUCUCUAAUUGAGUUCUAAUUGAAUGACACCAAAUAUAAUCGUAAUGCACCUAAGGCAAUUUUCUAAAUAUACUCGAUCAAAACAA